AUGUUCCAGACUCGGGCAGGAUCGGCGGAUUUGCUAGCGCACGUGCAAGCAGCAGCGGCAACGCAAAGAAGAAGCCACGGCGUUAGACAAGGGGAGAGCCUAGACGGGAGUCCCAAGGGAGGGGGUCGAGGAGAGGAUCUAGACGCAGGCGAUGGGAGGGGUCAGGGAACGAAGUACAGGGUGGGGCGGUGUGGUGGAGCUGGUUCGGCUGAGGGAGGCCAACGUUUCUCGCUUUCGAGAGACUCUGACCGCCUAGAUGGCGAGAGGCGGCGGCUGUCAGCGCGGCUGGCAGCGGUUCACACUACUCUCCCUUCCCCCUCCUCAUCCCCCACGUCAUCCCCUCCCUGCCUUCAGGUAUCUCGCCUUCGAGACAAGUCGGACCGCCUGGAGGGCGAGAGGCGGCGGCUGUCAGCGCGGCUGGCGGCGGUUCACACGGCAAUGCAGCAGCUGGAGAGGGAGGCGGCCAUCAGGAGCCGGACGCGGGCAGAGGCCACUAUGGGAGUCCAGCCGAAGGGGUGGAACCGAUGGUUCAGUGGAGAUCCAAGUGCCAUGGAGCGAGUGUUGGAGACAGCAGAGGACGCCAGGGUGGAGAGGGCGGCUGCUGCUGCCACUGUGGAGAAACUCGUGGAGGAAAACGCGCGCCUGGUGCAGCAGAUGAACGAGCAGAAGCUGCUGAUAGCGAAUCUGGUUACCACCAUGCGGACCACCGUCAUCCCAGGAACCCCUUCUGGAGUGCCCGCAAGCUCUCAGAGCAUCCACGCCAGCCUGUCUCCUGUGCUGACUCAGCCUCUGCCAGCUCAUGCCACGUCAGCAGCAGGAAGAACAAGGGCAGCAGCAGUAGUAGUGGAGGAUAAUUCCCCCUCCUCCUCUGUACACUCGCAGCUGUCUUUCCCCACCUCCUCUCUCUCCACCCCCCCUGCUUCUUCUCUCGAGCUUCCUUUCUCUGGAAGGUCAGCAGCAGCUGCAUCGACAGCACUGCCAGUGCGUGCCACGUCAGCAUCUGAGUACACCCUUGCAGCUGACGUGGCAGGAUUAAGGUCGGAGCAUCAGGCAGCAUUGGCAGGGGGUGUAGGUGGUAACCAGGGGAGGGUCGCAGCCGCUCAUAUGAGCCAGAAUAUUCAGGACGAGUCCUCCAGGUCUCCAUCCCCUCGCCCAACCUCUCUGCACCCAUCUGCACCGUUUGCUGCUGCAACGGAUGGUGGUUUCCCCAGUGCUGCCAAUACUGCAUCUGGUGCGGCUGGGGAGGAUCCCAGGGGCAGUCACAGCAGUUUUCUCACAGCACAGGGCCCUUUGACUUUCCUGCAGUCUGCACACUCGUCCUCCUCCUCCCUUGCUGCAGACACCUCCUCUCUCCUGCCGGUGGUGCGCAGUGCCCCCCCGCCUUGCGCAGCGCUCUGUGCGCAGCAGCCUACCCCUACUCUCUCUGAAUCCUCCAGCCGGUACCCUGCCAUCUGGCCUGUGACUUACAGUGAGAGAGAAUUGGAAGGAGCAGGAGGAGGGGGGAUGGAUGGAGGGGCAGGAGCAGUCGCUGUGACUGUAGGAAAUGGGAUUGUAGGAGAUGUGAGGGCGCAAGGGAUGGUGGAUGAAGCUGGUUCGGUUGUGGCUGCUAGGGGUGGAGCUGGUGGUGUGGGUGUGGGUGGUGCUGGUGAAGUUGUGGUUAGGGGAGCAGGGGGUGUGGAGCGGAAUGAGGUGUCGCUUAUUGAUUCGCCGCUUGUCGGGGCCCCGUUUAGGCUGGCGUUUUUCCUUGUUAAGGUGGUGAGUAAAACGGGGAUUGUUCAGAGGCUGGCAGGCAGGCUGGUGGGGGGAAGAAAUAAGGACUUGGGGGCGGGUGGAGAGAAACGGAAUGUCAAUGUGGAUGGAGUUGGGUCGUCUGUUGGCAUGCUUUAA